AUGAACGCUAACAUUUUUCUAUUAUUAAAACAUGGUGGAGUGUUAAAAAUGGAUAAGUAUAUUACUAGUUAGCUUAAAAACGUAAUAAUAAUACAAAAUUCGAUUUAAAAUAAGUUGAAGUACCUUUGCUAUCUAUAUUAAUUUGGCUUCAUUAUUUUUUAAAAGCGAAAUUUAAAUUUAAAAUGAUUAUAUAUAGGUAGACCAUGUGGAAUUCUGAAGGAAAAACAUUGAAUGAAAAUAAUAGUGCACAUUGUAAAGCAAUAUUCAAACAAACUUUUAAAUUUACCAAAGAUAUACCAGAACAAAGAAUUUCACCAGAAGGAUUUUUAAUAAGAGACUGUGGUUGUGUUAUGAGAUUUUUACCUAAUUUAGAUAAUAAAUUAAAUAAGAAUAAGUUACAGCGCACAACUAUUAACAAGAAUMAAAAUCAAAAAAGCAGCAGUUAUACACACCAUCGUAAUAAUUUAAAUCACACAAAAGUUAUUUCAACAGAAAUGUAUCAAUCAACAUUUUGGAUGGAACCAAGAAUAGUUCCAGUUAAGUAUACAUCGGAACUAAAUUUCAACUUAGAAUCUCCCAUAAGAAAAUUUACAGAAACAAUUGAUUUACAGAUGAAAUUAGUUGCUUGCCCGUAUAUUCAACAAAUUGGAACUACAAAACGUUUUAAAACAUCAAUUGAGACAAAAAUCCAAUCAGAGUUUACACUACCAUUAGAUACUACUAGUUAACUUCAUAAUUACCAAUAGUAAACAAUAAACAGUAGAACUAGUUAUGAGUAAUCUAUAAGGGAUAUAUUAAACAUUAAUUUAAUCAAUAAUAAAUCGAAACAAUUAAGC